UUCUGGUAUUUCAGAGAAAAAGACUAAAAACACUAUAAAAAGUUGCUUCCUUUCUUCUCCAAAAGAGACUCUUUUUCCUCAUUCUGAAAGCCUCCGCCUUUGGUUUUUGGUUCAAGAGUCAUGGUUCUUGCUCUUCAUAGUUGCAAAAACACCAAAAUUUUUAUGUAAAAAUGAACGGUGGAGAUCCAGCUUUCAAGCUCUUUGGAAGGAAGAUUCCUGUGCCUGAACCUCAGAUUCAUGCUGGAAACACUAUCUCUGAUUUUCCUUUCAACAAGAAAUGUAAAAGACGAGAAAUGGAAACGAGUAGUGAGGUAACAAACACCGAAACUGAAAUUACUCACACAAACACAUCUGGUGAGCCAGAUAAGUCAAUUGCAGUAGAAAACGAUAAGGAAGAAUACCAAAGUUCUAUGAAACCGAAUGAGAUACAAAAAAGCUCUAAGCCCAAAGAUGAACAGCCAGAAACAAAUAGUACAGACCAAGAGAAAGUUUUUAAGAAGCCAGACAAGGUCCUUCCCUGUCCACGAUGCAACAGCUUAGACACAAAAUUCUGUUACUUCAAUAACUACAAUGUCAACCAACCUCGACACUUCUGCAAGAAUUGCCAGAGAUACUGGACAGCUGGUGGAACAAUGAGAAACGUUCCUAUUGGUGCUGGGCGGAGGAAGAAUAAGCACUUGGCCUCUCAGUACCGUCAGAUAAUAGUUUCUUCUAACGGAGUGCCAAUGACUCAGAUAGAAACCCCUGACUCAGCAAAUCAACAACUUCUAUCUCCUGGUGAAUCUACAACUGCCUUUGGGCCUUCCAUAGGAAAUGGAACAGUUCUAAAAUUUGGUGCAGAAGCACCUCUUUGUGAAUCCAUGGUGACUGUUCUUAGCCUUGGAGACCAGAAGAGAUGUGUUGAAACGGGUACAAUCAGUUGUGGAGAAAUACGAGAGGAACCCUCCUGUGGAUCUUCUGUGACUCCUUGCAGCAUACGGGGGAAUGAAUUACCUGGAAAUGUGAUGCAAAAAGUGCGAAAAGGUUUGGCAGGACCUAAUGAGCAGGAUACAGCGCAUCCUCCACAGUGCUAUCCUGUUCCACCCUGGAUUUUUCCUUGGAAUCCAGGUCUGAAUAAUGUAGCUCCCACGGCAGCUGGUCAGUGUUCUUCUGAGCGUAUUGGUGCACCAAAUAGCAGUACUUCCAAUGCAGUUCAAUGGUGCCCUACACCAAUGGUAGCUGUUCCUGGAUUUUGCCCGCCAAACAUUCCUUUACAAAUUGUGCCUGCUUAUUGGAGUUGUAUGCCUCUAUGGGCUGCUGGUAGAGGAAAUGUGUCAUUCAAUGGUGCCAAUGGUUCCCUAUCUCCAUCAUCCUCUACUAGCAACAGCAUCUGCUCAGGCAAUGGCUCACCAACACUAGGCAAACAUUCCAGAGAACCAAAUUUUGUUGAAGAGGAGCAAUCAGAAAAGUGCAUCCUGGUUCCAAAGACACUAAGAAUUGAUGAUCCAAAUGAAGCUUCAAAGAGUCCUAUAUGGGCUACAUUAGGUAUUAAACCUGACCGUAAGGAUCUUUUACAAGGAGGUAAAAUAUUCAAUGCCUUUGAAUCUAAAGCAGGAGGCAAAGACCAUCUACCGGAUGGCAGUCAUAUUUUGGAAGCAAACCCUGCAGCGUUUUCUUGUUCUCACACAGUCCAAGAGAGCACAUAGGAACCCUUUAUAAUAUUUGCCUGGAAAUCUUGCUUUAUGAUGUGCUCUGUGCAUAUUGAAGGCACAAAUUUUAGCAAUUCUUGUUAUGCGCCUGGGAGAUCUGUGUUUUUCUCUGGUCUGAAUGCUAAAGCUCUAAGCUCAUAGGAUGUAAAGCUGUGCCGGUUAUUGACAAGGUAGGAAAUGUAUCCAUUCGUCUUUAAGAGUUCUGUAAAUAGUAUGUAGAAGACAGUGAGUUGAUUGAGUGGUGUUCAUCAUCUGCGGCCUAUUCUAAAAUUUCAUUUUCAUACACUCACAUCUCUCUUUCAAUGUAAUUGGCAAACAAGAAACAAAAAGAUGAGCGAAUUGUCUUUUGAUUCUUAUCUAUUCGAACUGUGUUUUCUUCAGAAAAUAUGGUGUACACUAUCUCCAGUUUUGAAGAUGGAGAAAAGUUUCAUAGCAAAUAGAGUUUCAU